CUUCCGAUUGGGCCAGCUAAGAAAAGGGGCGUGGUGUUGCCCUCCAUCUUUAUACAGGGCGUGAAGCGUGCUGCUGACCGCCUUCAAGGUGAGGGCAGAGGCUCUGCCUUUCCUGGCUCUUCAAUACCGGCCUGGUAGAAGGAGCGCAAUAACACGUGUGUCACGGCUAGCUUGCUGCUGGGGUUGCUGUGGGCCCAAAUUCGGAGGAAGGCGGAGAAGCGGAGGUCACGUGGUGUUAGGGACAGUCCUCUAAUUCCGUACUACCACUGCCGGCGUUUCAGGGGCUGGGGACAGUUCCCUCCCUCACCGAACCCAGUCCCCGCGAGAUUACCGCUAACACACAGACAGUCCAAGACCUUACAGGGGCACAGGCGUCUAGGGCUGAAAACAGUGGCUUCCAUAAGGAGUUGGUAUUUAUUUUACCAGUCUUUAUGUGAUGAUGAUAAAAACUAAUUCUUAAGAAUUUCUACCAAGUACCACGUAAAUUCGUGCUUGCCUUGUUAGUUGCAAAAAUUGAAGGGAAUAGGAAGUGCAAAGCACUUACAAGAGAGCCUAGUACAAGUCACCGCUCAGUAAAUAUUGGUUAUUCUCUGAGUUUUUACAUAGAAACUGGGGCUUGGGGAGGCUAACAUCUAAUAGGUGGUGCUACUGGGACUAGAAUCCAGGACUGACGGUCUCCAGGGACCGCGCUGUUGUCUCGCUGCUGCCCGAAAGAAUUCACGAGUUGUGGUCAAGUGCUCUCAUUGUUGUCCCUCCCCUGUUGUGGUCACUAACCCAGCACCCCUGUGCUCUGCUCAUUUCUCUGAAAUCUUGUCUCUCAUCCCUCAUUCAUUUAUUCACUCACUCAACGUCCUGUUCCCAAGGUUGGUCUGGGGUCGUGCUGAUUCAGUUAGAUGUGAGUGCUACGGAAUCCAACGUGUCACUUGCUGAGAAGAGACUCCAGAGUCUCAGACACCCACCUCCCCGUUAUACUCCUCCAGCCUCUUACUGAGUUCUCCUUAAAAGCACAGGAUCUAACGUCACGUCAUGUAGACUAGAUUCGAACCCCAGCAUCACCUCUUAUAGAUACUUCCAUCCUAGGAGAACUGGCCAGCAGAGACCUCCAGAGGAGAGGUGAGCCCACUAGGUUGUGUGAUCUUGGGCAAGUGACUUACCUUCUCUGUGCUUCUAUUUCCUCUUCUGUAGAACAGGGUCCACGCUGGUGGGAGGAUUUAAGGAAAUAAGCCUUCUAGAAUCCAUAGUAAGCUCAAUAAAUUGUAAUUAAUCUUCGCAACCAUACCAGGGAGUGAACACUAGCAGCUUCCUCGCCCCCUUUUACACAUGACCAAAGUGAGGUUCAGAGAAGAUUUUGGCCUGAGGUCACUUAACUGUGAAGUGUAGCAAUCUCUAAUUAGAACCUGGUUUCUUUGGCUCCCUAAAUUGCAGUCAGUCCAGGGAGCGGUUUGUGUCAACGACUCAGAGAAAACAAGACAACUGGUAAAACCCAAGCCUGCUGGGAGAGGGGCUUGGGUGCGCGGGGCAAUUUGCAGACGCUCCCUUCCGGCAGAGAUUGCCCCAGCUGUCCUUCAGAUCUAGCCCUGCGGCAGGUCCAGCCCCGGAGAACUUUAGUGCUAGUGGAGGUGAAGGCAGCAGCAGAGCUGCACAGCUGCCGUGGUGGGGGCAGUCUCCGGUGCGAGCGUCAUGUCAGAGCCACAGCCGGGUGGCGCAGAGCGCGAUCUCUACCGGGACACGUGGGUGCGAUACCUGGGCUAUGCCAAUGAGGUGGGGGAGGCUUUCCGCUCCCUGGUCCCAGUGUCUGUGGUGUGGCUGAGCUACGGUGUGUCCAGCUCUUACGUGUUGGCCGAUGCCAUUGACAAAGGCAAGAAAGCAGGAAAGAUGCCAAGCCCCGAAGCCAGCCGCAGCUCAAGAGUGACCAUAGCCGUGGUGGAUACCUUCGUGUGGCAGGCUCUGGCCUCUGUGGCCAUUCCAGGCUUCACUAUCAACCGUAUAUGUGCCACUUCUCUCUACGUCCUGCGCACUGCCACCCGCUGGCCCCUGGCUGCCCGCAAGUGGACCACCACUGCAGUUGGGCUUCUGGCCAUUCCUGUCAUCAUCCACCCCAUUGACAGGUCAGUGGACUUCCUCCUGGACUCCAGCUUGCGCAAGCUCUACCCAUCGGUGGGGAAGCCCAGCUCCUCCUGACCCAACCUGAUGUGUGGUCCCUGGUUGGCCCCUUUCUGCCAGUGAGUGUGGAUGCCUGGCUUCCUGGAAUCCCUGGCCCUGGCACCUGAUUUGGGCUGGGCAGAAGCUUAGAGAUAAAGAUCUCAAGGAGCAAUGGCUGUAGCAGGACCUGACCACAUCAACUUCCAUGGACUCUAUUGUACUGAGCAGAGUGGACCUGGGUGGGGAGAUUUGGCUCUGUCUUUUUGAUGACAAAGUUAAUCUUCCCAUGAAGGAUAAGCAGACUGGAGCCCAGAGAGGGCAAGGAAUAUGCCCAAGACUACUUGGCAAGCUAGGUACCAGGAUGCUUAGCUGCUUAACUGAGUCACUGCAUGGCAUUGUGGCUGGAUGACCACAGAUACUCAGGAAGAAACAGGUGUGCAGCAGCUGGAAACCUCAGGACAGAUUCUGCAGCCAGCCCAUCCCUGGCACAGGGGCUGCUGGGGCCUGGCUGAAAGGCAGGACAGCCCUAAGCCAGGUGCUGGCCAGGCCAAUAAAUCCUUGAAAAGCUGAA